AAGCUUUGACGCUGGUUCUCAAUUCAGUGUAAAAAUGGACCUUGAUAAACAUCUGAUGUUUAUAUUUUUGUGUAUCAGUGAGGGACGAUUCGACGAUUAGAUUAAGUAAACGAUUGUAAGAUGAAGACGACUAAGUAAUAUGAAUGGAAUAAGUACUGUAUUUUGAAGAGAUGGAAAACAGUUUCAAGGUUAGAAAAUAAAUUUCUCUUUAAGAUUGUUUGAAAUUCAAAUAUACCAAAAACUGUUUAAAGCUUCAAGGCUAAUGUUGGAAAAUCGUGUAAAUAUUUUUCUGUUAAAUUAUUGUUUGUUUAAUAAUGUGCACUGGUACUGAUUAAUUUAUGUCAUAGGUUCCUCAAAUUACAUUACCUUAUUUGGUUUCAAAAAUUCUUAACGUCCAAAUAACUAUUGUUUUCGUCUCAAAUGGAUGAUCUAACUAAACAAAUUGAAGAGAUAGAAACCUUGACAGCAAUUUAUGGUGAUGAAUUACAAACGGAGGAUGAAGAAAAUAGAUCUUAUAGUAUUAAAAUCUCUGAUAAUCGUAAUAAGAAUCUGUAUGUGAAGCUAUAUUUUAAACUGCCUGAAGAUUAUCCUACCAUGUCCCCUCCAACAUUUGAGAUUUCGGCUCCGCACUUGAAGAAAAAUCAAAAAGAACAACUUUGUCAUGCUCUUGAAGAUGUUUACUUAUCAAACAUUGGGGAUACUGUUAUUUUUCAAUUUAUAGAAAAAAUAAGAGAGGAAUUCUCAUCAUCUUUAGAACUGGAAGAUCAGUUGAAAGAUCUCACAAUUUCAAAGCCUAUACCGAUUGAAAAUGAUAAUGAAGAUCGCUUAUUUGAAUGUCCAGAAAUUAUUCAUGGUGAGACAAUGAUUGAUAGAAAAAGCUCAUUUCAAGGCCAUACUGCUACAGUUUUUUCUGUUGAACAAGUUAGACAAGUAAUUAAUAAGCUCAAGGAAAAUAAAAAAAUUGAGCAUGCAACUCACAACAUAUCUGCAUAUAGGAUAUAUAAUGAAAGUAAUAAUAGUUUUAUACAUGACUGUGAUGAUGAUGGAGAAACUCAAGCUGGAAGUAGAUUGUUACAUUUGUUAGAGAUUAUGAAUGUUAAAAAUAUUGUAGUAAUCGUAUCACGAUGGUAUGGUGGGAUACAUCUGGGACCAGACCGUUUCAGACACAUUAAUAAUGCUGCUAGACAGGUUCUCACAGCAGCAAAUUUGAUACCAAUCACUAAAAAGUAAUGUUAAUACCUUAGAUUACUUGUUACUAUGGAUGUUUAAGUCCUCGCAAGCAUGUACAUAUAAAAGUUGUUAAAGGGAGAA